GUAAAUAAAGAGAAGAGGUAGAUAUAUAAUUAAAAACAAGUUCAUGAAGGUCAUCAUGAGGCACUCAAAACAUACCUAUUUUAUAACUCAAUUUGAUUAGCAGAUCUUAUCUGAUAAAUGAUUUUCAUGAUUUUUUGUAUUGAUGAAUAGUAAGAAUCGAUGAAAAUAAAUUUCGUGUCAUUCAGAGCACAAUACUAUAAAAAGUCUUUUAAUUGAAGAUAAGUAAAGUAUAAAUCGAUUGAGUUUUGUUAGUAUUUGACGUGCAUUCCUUACUAUUAAAAAAGUUCAAAGAUGACUGAAAUUAAGAACAAAAUAAUUUCUUGGGUGGAAGAUGCAAUAUUCCAAGAUGGAAAGUACGAUAAAAUCGAUGUAGUUUUCCCAGAUUGUGACACCACAGGAGGAUACUCUGCAGAAAUUGUGUACGUAACUGUGGAAGCUCAAAAAGGUGAAGACAAAAAAAAUUAUGAUAUUAUUGUAAAAAAGAACAAGGACAGCGAAACGAUCAUGGAUACAUUAAACUUCCGGGAAAUCUAUCAGAAGGAAGUUCAUCUCUACUCCACCUACAUCCCAUACUUGAAGAAAUUCGCCGAGAAAAGAGGAUCCACUCCAUUUGAAAAUAUACCAAAGUGCUAUGGAACCGUUAACGUAAAAAAUCAUUACGUAAUUAUAAUGGAAAAUUUAAAACCUAAGAACUUCUUAUGUCAUCCGCUAGGGGGAGACGCCAUGUCUUUGGACAAAGUCAAAUUGGUGGUAGAAGCAUAUGCCAAAUGGCACGCACUUGGUUUGGCUGUUACAGAUCAAGACCCAAAGAUACUUGAGACAUUUGGCAAACCCAAACAUCUUCUGGAGAAUGAAUAUUUGAUGAAGAACAUCACUGCUUCUAUAGAGAAUGAGAUAGAGUCUGUUGCAGAGCUUUACAAGGCUAAAAAUGACCCUAAAAUGGUCGAGAUUCUUCAAAAAUUGAAGAAGGAGUAUGCAGGAAGGUUCAGAGACAUGCUGGAAAACAAGGAUGAAGAUCACUUAGUUGUUAGACAUGGAGAUUCGUGGAAUAACAACUUCCUAUUUCAUUUUGAAGAGGGUAACAGCGUACCAGACAAGGUUGUAGUAAUCGACUGGCAAGCCGGAAUUGUAGGUUCUCCUUUAGCCGAUCUUAAUCAGUUCCUUUUCUACUGCUGCUCCAGAAAAGAACUAGAUCAUCUCGAUGAGAUCUUGAAGCUUUACUACGACGUUCUAUCCAAAAAAUUGAAAGAACUAGGAAGUGAUCCGAAAAAAUGCUUCCCUUGGGAAGUUUGCAAAAAAUCUUUUGAGCACUACGCUCCCCUUUCCAUAUCGGGAGUUCCCCUAUGUUCGAGAAUGUGCUUCAAGGGAAAAGUAGAACAAAACUGCGAUUUCGCCGACACCAUAAAAGAUGGAGAUUUAAGUUGUAUAUUUGGAAAUGAAUUGACUGAUCCGAAAAAGUAUUUUGAGAGAAUUGAUGGUAUUCUUAAACUUUGUGUCGAACGCGGACUUAUUUGAAUGCAAAUUCUUAUAGAAUUUAUAUCUUUGUUAUGUAUAUAUAUAACGAUAACUUGAGUAAUAAAGAGUAGUAAGAUUUGAAUAUUCUAUUUUUCUGUUUCCUUUCAUCUAAAACUCACAACUAGUAAUUGUACAAUAUAACUGAUUCAUAUCAGACAAGAUAUAUCGAUAAUAAUCGCUGACAAUUUUUAAAUAUUAAUUUGAAUAUUCUAUUAAAUCAUGCGCAAUAACUGAAUCUGUCAGUCAGCUGUUCGAGGUUAUGUCCUAAAUCAACAGCUACUAAAAGAGAUUGAUAAAAUUUACUUUUAAUAGGAAUUAACUCAUCAAUUUUACAGAACAAUCUACUUUAAGUAAAUUAAGUGAAAUAAUUUUUUCCGUCCAGAACUAUGGGAGGUCAUGAUCAUGGUCAUCAUCACAGUCCCCCUAUCGUAAUUCCAGACUAUAGAAUAUACAAAGUUGAGGAUGUUCCACAGCUAGUCAAAACCCAGAAAGCUCUUGCUGCAAAAGGUUUAAAAGAUCCGUGGUUGAGGAACGAAGUUUGGAGAUAUGAUCCCAAACACUGGGGUACCCGAAGUUCAAGAAUAAAAACAUUUUUUCUUCGAGGAUUCAAAUAUGGUUUUGGUGCAUUUCUCGUUACUAUCGCCGGAACAAAGAUUUAUGAUCUUACUGUUGGUGAUAGUCAUGAUGGUCACGGCAAACAUCAUUGAUUGUUUUCAAUGCUAGUAGAAAAUUGAACACUGUAUUUGUUUGAAUAAAAUUGAUGAAAACGUCA